ACUGCCCGGCGGGCCCGGCCAGCAGCACGUGUCUGGUGCAUGCUCUCAGUUUUCUGCCUCCCACCGGCCUCCACCAAACCAACCAACCCCCAAAGGCCAAUUGACCAAACCAUAAACGACCAGCAAGGCAGCAACCCUUCGAUGACACGCGGGCCCCACCUGCCACCUUCGUUUCGUCGCCUCCGCCAACCCCCGCCUCCGCCAAAAUUUAUUCGCGGAAACCCCUCGCCACCUCGCCGCCUCCGCCCAACGAACAGCCGCGACGACCUCCCCCUUCGCCGCCGGUAUAUAAACAAACCCCCACCUCCUCCUUUCCGCCUAGCCACCCUCCGCACCCGCAGAUGGCCCACCACCACCUCCUCCUCCCCUCCCCCAAGCCCCUCCUCCCCGGCGCCGCCACUCCCGUGCGCCACGGGGCCCGCCGCCCUGCUGCCGCCGUCCGCGCCGCGCUAUCCACCGCGGCGACCGCGCCAGCUGCGGCGGCAGGGGCGGAGGCGGUGCGGUCGAUCCGCGCGCGGCAGAUCGUGGACAGCCGCGGGAACCCCACCGUGGAGGUCGACCUCGUCGCUGGCGACGGACGCCUCCACCGUUCCGCGGUGCCCAGCGGGGCGUCCACGGGGAUCUACGAGGCCCUCGAGCUCCGGGACGGGGACAAGGCCGUGUACGGCGGGAAGGGCGUGCUCCGCGCCGUGCGCAACAUCAACGAGGUCAUCGCGCCCAAGCUCGUUGGCGUUGAUGUGAGGAACCAGAGUGAUGUUGAUGCAAUCAUGCUUGAUAUUGAUGGAACUCCAAAUAAAUCGAAAUUGGGUGCCAAUGCUAUCCUUGGAGUCUCCUUAAGUGUAUGUAGGGCAGGUGCUGGUGCAAAGGGAGUUCCUUUGUAUAAACAUAUUCAGGAGUUGGCAGGAACUAAGGAGCUUGUCAUGCCUGUCCCUGCUUUCAAUGUAAUCAAUGGAGGUAGCCAUGCCGGCAACAAUCUGGCCAUGCAGGAAUUCAUGCUUUUACCCGUUGGAGCAACUUCAUUUGCUGAGGCUCUUUGUAUGGGCAGUGAAGUUUACCAUGUGCUGAAGGGCAUCAUUAAGGCAAAGUAUGGUCAAGAUGCAUGCAACGUUGGAGAUGAAGGUGGCUUUGCCCCUAAUGUUCAAGACAACAGGGAGGGCCUUGUCUUGCUUAUGGAUGCUAUUGAGAAGGCAGGCUAUACUGGAAAGAUUAAAAUUGGGAUGGAUGUUGCGGCAUCAGAGUUCCUUAUGAAGGAUGGGAGCUAUGAUCUGAACUUUAAGAAUCAGCCUAAUGAUGGAGCCCAUGUUCUUUCAGCCCAGCGUCUGGGUGAGCUGUACAAAGAAUUCCUCAAAGACUUCCCUAUUGUAUCAAUUGAGGACCCUUUUGAUCAAGAUGACUGGAGUUCAUGGGCUUCGUUGCAGUCCUCAGUUGAUAUCCAAAUUGUGGGGGAUGAUUUACUUGUCACGAACCCAAAACGUAUAGCUGAAGCUAUUGACAAGAAGGCUUGCAAUGCUCUGUUGCUAAAGGUUAAUCAGAUUGGUACUGUCACUGAAUCAAUUCAAGCUGCUCUUGAUUCAAAAACUGCUGGUUGGGGUGUGAUGGUCAGCCACAGAAGUGGUGAAACCGAAGAUAACUUCAUCGCAGAUCUGGCUGUUGGUUUAGCAAGUGGGCAGAUUAAAACUGGAGCUCCAUGCCGCAGCGAGAGGCUGGCCAAAUACAAUCAGCUUCUUCGGAUUGAAGAGGAGCUCGGUAAUGUGCGUUACGCUGGGGAAGCAUUCAGGUCUCCAUAAGAGCUAUACAGACUUCAGAAUCUCCUUAGAUGCUGAAUUGUGUGUACUGUUCAGUAGAAAUAAAGCGCUAGAGCACUGCAAGUUAUGCAGUUUAUCCAUGUACCACGAGUCAUCCCCAUUUUUUGCGGAAUUAUUAUUUCUAUAUGCAUCCUGUUAUCUACACUGUUGGCAUACAACUGAAGAAAGCUUGGACAAACUUUUCAAUAUACGAGAUAUUUUCCAGAUAUAA